CAGAGAACGUAUAAUUAUACGUUCUCUGAUGUAAAUAAUAAGUUUGACAUUUCUUUUACGAAAAUUUUCAGCCACAUGUUUUUGUAAUAUUUUUAGUCAUUCAAAAGAACGUAAAUAUUUUCUUGUAAAUAAUACAAUUAAGAAGGAAAUUAAGAAUGGAAGUGGAAAAUAUAAAAGGCGACGAUUUCUUGCCGCCAUCCGUGUCUAAAAAGGCACCAAAACGAUCUGCAGAUCAUAACACAGCAAUGCAGGUCGAUGAGGAGUCUCCGUUGCAGGAAACAAAGCAAAGAUUUCAAGCACCGCGUGCAAAACGACAAAAAAGUGAUAUUAGGAAAAUCUCUGUUCCACCACACAGAUACUCUUCACUCAAAGAACAUUGGAUGAAAAUCUUUACUCCUGUUGUCGAGCAUAUGAAACUUCAAAUAAGAUUUAAUAUGAAAGCAAAACAAGUAGAACUAAGAAUUAGCGAUGAAACACCUGACAUAUCUAAUCUUCAAAAAGGUGCUGACUUUGUUAAAGCAUUCUUAUGUGGAUUCGAAGUGGAUGAUGCUCUGGCGUUGCUUCGUUUAGAAGACUUAUUUGUAGAAACAUUUGAAGUAAAGGAUGUAAAAACUCUACGUGGUGAUCACUUGAGUCGUGCAAUAGGACGCUUGGCUGGUAAAGGAGGACGCACAAAAUUCACAAUUGAAAAUGUUACGAAAACGCGCAUCGUUUUGGCCGACAGCAAAAUUCAUAUCUUGGGGAGUUAUCAAAAUAUUCAGCUAGCAAGGAGAGCGAUUUGCAAUCUUAUUCUUGGUUCACCCCCAAGUAAGGUAUACGGUAACCUCCGUUCGGUGGCUAGUCGGCUAUCUGAACGAAUGUGAAACAAUUUUCCUUAUUAUGUUGAUGAAAUCUCUAUAUCAUAUAGAUAGAUGAGAUUUUGAAAUAAUAACACAUAUUUAUUUUUCACAUCUAUAACUUUGUAAAAAUAAGGAGUAGAAGCAUGAAUAAAGUUACAGCGGCCAAUACCAUAAUAAUACA